AUGGCGUUCAAGGUUCGAAGUGAACGCCAGUCUCUACGCAAACCGAGUAGCUUGCAAUUGGGUCUUGGAGAGGUAUCAAAAAGUCAUCCACGAUUUAUCAACGAUACUGAAAAGGCCAAUCGAGUGGAGUCUCCCAUAAUAUGUCCUACUAAGGAGAUUGGUAACACGCGAAUCGACUCGAUCCCAACUAUUUCAGGGCAUGGCUCAGAAUGGGAGGUGCCAUCCACGUAUACAGGGGCUACCGUGCAUGCUCUAUAUCGUUCAAGGCUGAGGCUCCUUCACGACGUCUUAGGAAAGACCACCAAUCCUGCUACCGUUCCUUCCCCUCAUUUGCUCUAUUCUGCCCAACCUGAAAGUAUGGCCAUGGAGGCGCUUGUUGCACUUGCUCAAGCACGUGAUAUUCCAGUACCCAAUGAUCUUCACACCGUCAACCCACCGGAACGCAUCGAAGCCUUGCGCCGGACUCUCUACCAGCACCUCAAGUGGGGCAAGGAACCCAACGUUCCCCUCCUCUUCAUUCCUUCAGAACCUCUACCACAAGUUGAGGUCGACCAGACACCGCUCGAAAAUGACGUUCAUUGCACGUGUGGGAAAUGGCUAUGGCGAAGCUGUUCAACCUGGCGCCUAAACUCUAACAAAGGAGUCAACCUGAACUUCGAGGAGCAGGCGCAAACCGGGGACUUCUUGGCUCAAAUGGAAGGGGACUUACCAGCACAAGCAAAUACGGUGAACGUUGGGUCGUCGAUUCUUCACGGGGCCUCGCUGCCCGUUAUCUCUGGUGGAGAGUUCAGUAGUUCUGGAGGCGACCAUAAUCGCAUCAUAAUCAACAUUCAUCAAGGUCUGCAACGACACAGGGACGACUGGCAUGAGUCGUCAUCUACCCAUCAAGGCCAGCGGAAUCUCAGUAGAGAUAGGACACCGAGCGUGGAUGACAGCGAUUCUCCAGACUUCUCCGAUGGGGAAGAUGAAGAGUGUAUAGUACUGGAAGACUGCAGUAAUGCAAUUUACGAGCGCCAAAUGUUGCCCAAGAAACGUGGUUUUCCUCUGUGGAUUCCUCAACCAAACCUUCUCGCACCCUUGAUGCACCGACGAAACGGUGUUAUUAUUGGAGAUCUAGGAAGGGUCACGGCGUAUGGGGCUUUUGAUGUCCUGUUCAAUAUCUGCAAAGCUGCUGGCCGCCCUGACAAUCCAGAUGAGCUACCAGAUGGCUUUACCCCCUUGAAUCUGAAGGCAAAUGAUAUCCACCUUUUUCAAGAGUAUACAUCAGGCAGUUACAUCGCCAGUGCCUCUGUCAAAAAGCUCCGUGACAACCUUUCCUUUCAAUGUUCCAACGCUGAGGGAGCCAUUCUUACUAUGCCAGACGGGGCCUUUCGCGAGGAUUUGAGAAGUACCACUCUGUUUCGCGACUUCGCUGCCGAAAAUGCCGAGAGUUGGUAUCGGUUCAUCAACGGUCCUUGUGGAUGGGAGCUUGAGAACGGCAAGCUUCACCUUAUUACCGGCUGCGACAAAACAACGUCAUGGGGAUUAGCGGCAUAUCAAAAUACCCAAUCCGAGACCAACUCUUCAGGCAGCCUCGGCGGACCCGUGCUGAGAUUCAGAAACGCGAACGAUGCCGGUGAUUAUGUCCCUGGUACCACAUACUGUUGGGAACAUGAAGGCACUGCAGAUGCGAAGGCUGGGCCCGAAUUCGAGUUUGAGCCUAGUAAUGGAGUGGGUGCCCGAAACCAGUGUACCUUUAUUCGAUCCCACACGAUUAUGCUGUCUGAAGCAAAGUGGGCAAGAGUCCAAUCCAGCCUCGUCUCCGCAUUGGAUUCUCGAAGAGCUUCAAAGCCUGCCCAACCUCAAUCGACAAAUUCAUCCAAUUUUUUGACGAGUGCAUUUUCACAUUUGAGCAUAUUUGGCUCUUCUCGCAAUACAGGAUCUGCAAUGAUGUCCGACUCGCACAAUCCUUCUGCUCAUCCCGGCGCCGAUGUUGCCAUCGUUCAUGACGAUCAUUGGGGUGCUGUUAUUGGGGAGAACGAGGACAGGAUAGCCACAGGUCCAGAACUGUGGCGACGUGUUCAAGCAACUUUUGACACCAUUUUGAACUUCAAAGUUUGGUCAGGAGCUAUGUAUUUGUCGGAGAGAAGCGCCACCCCGGAUGGUAUCAACACGCAACCUGAAUCAUCAAUUCCUAAAAAAAAAGUGUCAUUUGCUGGCCCUUCCGUUGUAGUUCCUCUGCGAAGUGGCACCACGUCCAUUGCUGUGGCUCAGGCGCCUGCUUCUCCCCAAUUUCAUGCAAGCACAUCUCCCGUGGUGAAAGGUAAAUCUGCCACAGUGACUGCACCUUCCGAGGCACAGAACGACGGCAGCCAAAGCACUGGAACUUCCUUUGCCUCGCCCGUCGAUCAUCAUGAUUUUGUUGGUGUUUCGAUUGGUUUUACCCCUCCCACAUACUUGGAGGAUGAAGAUGAAGCCUAUGAUUCUAUGUCAAAUGCAGUCAAUUCUGAGAUGGACGCAUUUCCUAACAUUAUUUUGCUGCCUUUUGCCAUUAACACGAUACGGAAGCCCCAUGGGCAAUAUUCAACGCCUUCACAAAUCCUACUCGAAUUCAACCUAGGACUCCUUCUCAUAAACACUCUUCUGGCUUGCGCUGCGGUCUUAGCUUGGAAGAAGCCUUCGGUGGUGGACACCGGCAGGGGUAGCGGCAGAAGCUUCGUGGAUUGGAUCAGAGACCAAAUAUCAACCGGUGUUGACCACGGCUGCCCGAGGAUCACCUCCGACGCACGAAGAAGGAUGGGCUGGAUUUCGCCUUCCCCCGGUCCUUUGACCACACCAGAGUUGGGGAGGGGCUGCGAUUUCACUGUGAUAAUUGGAUCAGAAGGCAAGGAAGGCUCAAGGCGAGGCUCCUUUGUCCGCGUUCCCAGUAUUGACCAAGAUGUUGUCUGGAUACACAGGAUAUAUCAUAGACAAACGUUACCCGCUGGUAACCCACUGGUAACGUUACCUGCGACUUUGGCCAAAUACGGAACGUGUGGCUCUCGGAGCCAUUAUCGAUAUUUUUGCGAUAACGCGCCGUCGAAGCGUCGCAUGUGGCUCUUAAAAUUUUGUCUUUUAUUCUUGAGAUGUAGUCUAUUUGGUACAUCUAAAAAGGUUUCCUCGAUCGCGGAAACACCUUUCGAUGCCGCAAUCGGGACCUCACUAUCCGCUAUCGUUGGGGUCGCAUUCGAGGAUUCCGUUCUCGAGGGAAAAGCGGGAGCCGCAAUAGCGGUUUCCACCUUCGGGAUGCGCGGUUUCCUCGAUCGGGGUCACCUCUCUCGAACAGAUGAGGGGGUCACACAGGAGCUGCACGGAGGGGGGGACUGA